AACCUCGUUCCCCUCAAUCCAAACAAGCCCUAAAAUACCGAAACCAUCUGGUAGGAUCGCGAGGAAAGGCGAUCAAUCCUUGUUGGUUCUCGAAAAAAACUAGAGAACGAGAGAGAAAAUAAGCAAUGGCGGAUAGCUCUGAUGUCCUGGGGUUUUUGAAGAGGCAUUUCGAAGACGUUAAGGAUCACUGGAAGAACAACUUCGCCUUCUUGGAUUACUACAAGAAGACGCUUGGGAGGAAGGAGCCGCUCCCUAAAUGGACCGAUGCGGAUGUCGAGGAGUUCAUCGCCUCCGAUCCCAUCUAUGGUCCUCAGUUGAAGGCAAUAAGGGAAUCAAGGAAGUUUGCGGUUGCUGGGGCGCUUGUUGGUGCAGCACAUUUGGGAGGGAUUUCGUGGAAAUAUUCCAAGAGCCCACAUGGUGUUGUUCUAGCUACUGGCUUUGGAGCUCUCUGUGGUGCAGUUUUGGGAUGUGAAGUAGCUGAACACUGGAAUCAGCUAUAUAAGAUGGACAAGCAGGGUGCUAAUCUUAGGUUUCUAUACUGGCGGGAGGAUAAAACUCGAGGAACCCCUCAAUAAUGAAUGGAUGGUUACGUUGAGACUCUGUGCUGGCAAACAAACAAGUGCGUCGUUACGAGGGGGCAUUGAUUAAAAUGUGAAAUCUAACUUUUAAUUCGCUUCUUCACAAUAAGAUGCUUACAAAUAAAACAUAUAUUUUUCCCAAAAAAGUUAUGCUAGAUUAACUUUUCUCUAUCAACUGUUUCUAUUCCUUGCUGUAAUAAUUGAGUAUUUGUUAUGCUAGAUUAACUUUUCUCUAUCAACUGUUUCUAUUCCUUGCUGUAAUAAUUGAGUAUUUGCAAUAGUAAGUGUUGCGUUGUCUCAUUUAAUGCCUUGACAGAUA